AUGGAUAAUCUGAGGCCUGCGCACUCUCGCAUGACGCGGGCACAGUUCCGUCAGCAACAUUUCUUGAACCUGAAAAUGUUCAGCAAUGACCUUCAAGAGGCCCUCAAUAACGCUCAACCUUCCGGUGGGAAUUUCAAAAGCGUGGAGGUCCUAGCACUCAGAUUUGAGAACGAUACGAUGGGGGUCGAACAUCUCGAACGCGAACUUCUCGAUGUUUUUCAGUCGGUUUACCAUUACAACACAUCUUCAUUUGUGAUCCCCGUGAUUCACUCCGAAGACCAUUUAAACCAGCACUUGAUAAAGUGGAGUCUGGACCGGGCCCAGAAGGAGACUUUAAGAAUCUACGUGUAUUCCGGCCAUGGGGCACCGGCUGGGACAACCGACAUGACCUGGUGGAUUGGUGGGCAGGUUGACGCACAUGGGAAUCUCCGCGGCCCGCGAGUCAACAUCAAAGCCUUGCUCUACUCCUGCGAGAGGUUUGAUGGUGAAGUGCUAUACAUUUUUGAUUGCUGUUCUGCGGGGUCGAUUGCCAUGAGAGACGGGCCUGAAGCGCUCACUGCCUGCGGGUGGGAGCAAGAGAGUUCCACCCACCCGGAUUGGUCGUUCACGCGCGUGCUGAUCGACACUUUGAAAGAUAUCAAGGGCCAACCGACUCCGGUCUGCGAGAUAUUUUCUAGAAUGUACCGUCUCUGUCAGCAAAAUCAAAUCGGAAGAUGCCCGCUCCACAUCCCAAAAAUGGGCAGACCGAGCAUCACGUUGAGACCACUUCACACCGCAUCGACCUGCCCAAUCCAACCCGCGAGAAGUCAUGAUCGCGUCUUGUUGUGCAUCACCUUGAAUGGAGAAGUAUCAGUCCCGAGCAUUCAAGAGUGGCAGCGUUGGUUGACUACCAACGUUCCGGCGGAUGUUCUGGGGGUGGAGGUGAAAGUCGAAGCCGCGUUCAGUGGUUCUUGUAAGCUUUUGAUUACAGUGCCGGUUGAGAUCUGGACAAUGCUACCUUUGCGGGACAAUUAUCACUUCGUGGCUUAUGUCACAUCAAACAACACUCUCGAUACUGGUACGCCCUUGCCCUAUCGUCCGGCUGCGCCAUCUGGGCGCGAGAAUCGACCUCUUAGCCGAGACCCAGGAAAACAGAUACAGUGA